ACUGAGCGAGACGCCCGGCGUUGACACUGUCCGCCCCGUCCUCACCGACCACGCACCGGGGUAAGAAGCAGGCCGGCCGGAGACGUCUGAAGUGCGAAGAUUGCAGCCCCGGGAGUAAAACGUCAGCAAAUAGGUGGAGAUUCUGGUCCUUUCUUUAAGCCAGGCGCUAUUCAGGAGCAUCUUUGAAAAGAGGAAGCUUUUUGUUUUAUUCCUCUUGUUUCUGAGAAAGUGAUUGAAUAAUGAGGAUUUUCAUAGCUUUUGAAGGAUCUUUUGAACCUUUUGAUGUUUCAGCAGAUGAAACUGUGGAAGCUGUCAAGCUGAUGAUAAAGGAUUAUUUCCACAUUCCUCUCUCUGAGGACAAACAAGGCCGGCGGUCUCUGGAGCUAGUGUAUGCUGGAGCUGCUCUAAGGAACAGCUGGAGUCUUGCUGAUGUUGGAGUAUCUUUCUGCUCAACUCUUAAAUGCUUUGUUAAGGAAGAAGAUAAGCCUGUUCUCUAUGUGUUCAAUGCUGUGACCCAGGAGACAAUGCCAGUCUUGGAAGACAUUUCUCUUUUGGAUAAAAAAGUGUCCGAUCUACGGACACUUGUGACUGGGCAAUGUGGCCUCCCUGUGAGUGUCUACUGUCUCCGCACCCCACAAGGACUGGAGAUGUAUGACUGCAACACGCUCAGGGACUACCAGGCGGACCUCGGAACAACACUUCGUCUGGAUGUCUGGGAUGGAUGGAAGGAAUUUCUGAUGGGCUGUCUCCUUGGACAAAAACUCAGAGUCCAACGCUAUUUAUCAAAAGAAGGACCGGUACUCAAGUAUCAGAGAAGGGUGGCUCUGUACAUGGCCGCCUUUCACGGCUACACUGAUCUCAGCGAGUGGGCCCUGAAGCAGGGUGCCAGGCCCCACGAGGCAGUUGGUGCUCACCCCUACCGCGCGUGGUGCCAUGAAGCCCUUCACGCAGAUGUCUCCAGAUGCCCGGUGCAUGCCGCUGCAGAGACUGGCCAGCUGCUCGUUCUGAAGGCCUUUGUCAACUGCAGCGUUCUGUGUCUCGUAUGCAGAGAUGCUGGGGGACAAACCCCACUGACCAUCGCGGCCAGACACAGGCACAAAGACUGUGUGGUAUAUUUGCUAAGCAAAAUGUGGUCCACGGUGCCUUUUCUGAAAAUCGCAGUCCCGAUGAUGCUUUAUAUUAAAAUAAAGCAAUGGAUCCUCCGAGCUCAGAAUCACAGCCUUCACAAAAGCCAGCUUAGCAGAGCAAGAGGCUUGGGGGCAAAAGUGGGAGACACUGUGAUGGUGGAUGGCUUUACCACCCCAAAGAUGACCUCCAAGAGCUGGCAUAAGGCUGGGAACAAGGACUCACAAAGCACCCUGAGCAAGCUCCCACCCCAUCAGGGGCAAGCUGCAAGCAGGAAAGCUGGCAAUUCUCUGGUGGUUUCACAGAGGAGCUCCAGAGAACAGACCCUCACGUUGCCUCUGCUGGUAGAUGCAGAUAGGUUCUCUGACAUACAAAGACCCCAGCUAGAAAACCAGAAGAUAAUUACUGCUCCAUCUGGGAAACAAGAGGCGCACAUAAGAAAUACACACCUUCCCCAAGUCCCCCUCCCUCCAUUUUCAAGAGUGGGCUGCUCCCACCCGCCCUUGUACUACGCAUCGCCACGUGCUGAGGGCCUUCUAAGGUCCUCCUUCGCGUCUUUCUCACAGUACAGUGGGAGGACCCCCCGGGAGAACGCGGUCUACUGCCUAGCUGUGGCAAGUGCCUUUAAAGAGAAACGCUGGCUUCAGCAGUUAGGAAUAGCAAGAGUCCUGGCCAAAAAGAGCAUUUCUACGCUGACUACCCAGGAAGGUUUGGCCGUGUGUGAAAGCCAUCCACAAAUCACGCUUUGAAGUCAUGGCAACCCUGGUUUGGGCGAAGACCUGGUGAGAUGGAGUCUCCGGCUCUCCCAUGAAGACCACCCUCAGCAAGUACGGAGUGUUUGCUGGUGUUUCCUUGGAUCCCAAAACUCAGGAGAGAUCCUGAGGAAGAACUCACAAGCAACAAUGGCAGUUGCUUACCAUAGGAUAGAGGAUGGGGCGUUUAUUGUUUGAUUUUCUGCUUUUCUGGAUUUUUUUCAGUGCUUUGAGGUUUUUAAGUUUUACAAAUGUAGAACAUAAUAAAAAAAACUAGACCUAAGUUUAAAACUUUUACAUGAGAAAGUCCUUAGGAGAGUUACAAAUGAGGACUGCAGACAUCUUUUUAACUUCUGCUGGAAGUCUCUAUUAACUUAAAUGAAGGUCAUGUUUACAGAUAAUGUAUUGGGUGGGUGGUAAAUGUAAGGACCAAGGGUCUGACAUAGAUCUGUGCAAACAACAUUGGCCCAAUCCAGAUGUGGACCACUUUAUUUGCAAUCAGAAGGUGUCUUCAAGCCCCUUUACAAGGCAGUCUCGGGCCAGAUUCCCAAGUCACUGUGCCUGGGUUAUUUUGCUCUAUUGAUGUUUGGGGAUUCAAUUACAUGGCCGCAUGUGCCAAUGCUAAUUUGUUUUAUUGCUUACUGUGCAUUACUCAAUUGUACAGAUACAGUAUAAUCUAUCUGUUCAACUAGACGGAGAUUUAGAUUGUCUUUGGUUUUGAGAUACUAUGAAUGAAGCCCUUAAGAACAUUAUUGUAAAAGCUUUUGUUUUCCUUUCUUUGGGUAAACAACUAGGAAUUACUGGAUCAUAAGAUGAAUGCACACUUAACAUAUAAGAGUGGUCCAAGCAUUCUCCGGUGCUUUUCCCAUCUCACACUUCCGCUAGCAAUACACAAGCGCAGACCUUACCUCAUGAGCUUCACUAACGUUCGCUGUCAAGCGCUGUCAUUUUAGCCAUUCCGUGGUCCUCCUGCUUCAGCGCCCUCAGUGGG